AUGUCUCACCCAGCUGAUAUCCUAGCUCUGGCUAAGGGUAAGCGCUCUCGUCUUGCGCUUGACCCGCCUGCUCCCACGGGUGCUGAUAGCUCCACUGGGCUUCAGGCUCCUGCAAUCAAUGACAAGGACAAGUCUGCCUCAUCAGCCGCUGGCGGAUCUGGGUUAUCUGCUGCUGAUAAGGCCACUAUUCCCGCGGUUGGACUCACCGAUGCUGAAGACUUCAUCGACGACGACUCUGAUGACGAGAUGGCUAUUGAUCUGGUUAAGGAAGUCGGCUUCGACACGGACGUGGUGAAGGGUCUGGCCUAUGCUCACCCAGGGAGUCAGAACCACCGCUAG